CCACAAAUGCACUAAAUUUCACACAAACAAAUUCAAUUUCACAAAAAAUUACAACAAUAAUAAACAGUAUAAAAUUUAAAAAAAUACCUUGAGAAGAAGAGGAGGUCAGGUGGGGGAAGAUGGCGGUCGAGACACUGGCAGCGGCGAGUGGUGGAGACCCUGGCGGCGGCGGCGAGGAGGGAGGGAGACACUGGAGGCUAGAGGUGGAGACACUGGCGGUCGAAGGCGAGGCUGGGAGGAAGACACUCGCGGCGCGGUCGACGGUGAGGCGAGGAGGACUAGCGCCGCGGCGUCAAGCAUGCGGCGGCGGCGGGCGGUCAAGGAAAGCCGCGGAGGAGAUGCGUCAGUUGAAGUUUUGUGGACGGAAGAUGUCUGGGCUCGGAUCUGUGAACUGAUUUCGUAUGUAGAUUGAAAAGAGGAUAACCCGAUGUUAUUUAAUUAUCUGCGACGGAAUUACAUCCGUUGCAGAUUCCGUCGCAGAUCUGCUACGGAAAGUGUAUUUCCGUCGCAAUAAUGUUCCUUUUCCUGA